GGAGAGGAGGAAGUCUCUGAGCGUGUCAGGAUCCCGACGUCGCCCUCUUCGUUAUCGGGCGAGGACACCCUGAUGCGCGACCUCGAAACCUCCGACGCGAUUUCUUGAGGUCCUUCUGUUGUUUGGGUUGAAAUCGACCGCCAUGGCGGCUCCCUUCUUCUCCACCCCCUUCCAGCCCUACGUCUACCAGAGUUCCCAAGCAGCAGUAACAGCUUUUCAGAUACUGGGUGGCGAGUCUCAGAUUGUUCAGAUAAUGUUAAAAGCACAAGAAAAACUUAUCGCAAUGCCUGGUACAGUGUAUUACAUUUCUGGGUCGAUUCAAAUGGACAAUAACUACAUCCCUGAAAAUGAGGCAGGAUUCUGGCAGUGGAUCUUUGGCAAACGUGUGACAAGUGUAGUUAUCUCAAAUUCUGGUCCAGAAAAUGGAUUUGUUGGAAUUGCAGCACCAUCUCCUGCAAGGAUACUUCCAAUUGACUUGGCAAAUUUUGGCGGUGAGAUUCUUUGCCAGCCUGAUGCAUUUCUUUGCUCAGUCAAUGAUGUGAGAGUUUCCAGUAGAGUUGAUCAGAGGCCCCGCAACCUUGAGGUUGGUGCAGAGUUGAUCCUCAAACAGAAGCUAGAAGGCCAGGGGUUGGCAUUUCUUCUUGGGUGUGGAUCUGUAGUGCAGAAAAUUCUUGCUCCUGGAGAAGUAUUUAUAGUUGACGCUGCAUGCAUUAUAGCUAUGACAAGCUCUAUCAAUUUUCAACUGAAGUACUCCAGUCCGAUGAGGAGGGUGGUCUUUGGGGGUGAUAACCAAUUGAUGGCCACUCUCUCAGGUCCUGGAGUCGUGUUUAUCCAAAGUUUACCUUUCCGUCGGCUUUCCCAACGUAUCGCAAGAGCUGCUGCCGCUCCAAGCUUGAGGGAUAACCCAAAGUUCUUCAUGCAGAUCGCGCUCUUGUUCUUUCUUGCGUAUGUCAUGAUUGUUUCAUCACUGAUUUUGACCGAUGUCUAGUUCCUCCCCUCCAUUUCUCAAAGUUCUUUUAUUCUGAUGAAAUCCACCUCAGCACGUCGGAGUUUAUCUACAACUAGCCGUGACUAUUCUUUUCCCCGCCGCUUUCUCCGCUACUGCAGUGUGUCCACCUCCGCUUCCUGCAGCCGAGCCCCUCUCAUCUGCCCAUGCAUCGACAACGUGCCAACUCUGCCGUCGUCGGUGUUGGUUUUUUGAUCGCAUGAAGCUAUCUAUACAUAGCUCGAUCGACCGAGAGGACCGACGACGGAUGGGCGCAAGACCCGGCGUUGCAGGUGGCCAUGUGGACCGAUAAGGUCACCACGAGGGAAGCGCUAGAAGCCACGACGAGGUCCAUCGACGACAGCUCGAUCGAGCGUCGAGAUGUCGCAACCAUUGCGACGGUGGAGUCCACGACCUGGGCCGAGGUUGUCUGCCCUAGUGUCACGACCUUAGCUGGUUUUGCCUAAGGCGUGCGGCACCCUCGCGCGUCCGUCCGUAAAGGUCAGCCUCCCCGAAGCCUCCCAUUGUCCCUUAGGACCAACAAAAGAGAGAACGGGUUAAAAAGAACGCCUCAAUCGGGAUCCACAAGCAAACAUGUCCGAAAAACACUUCAUAGACAAUGCAAAUUACAAACAGACUUUACAAGCUCUGAAUAGUUGCACAACAAAGGGUAAAAUGGUCCAUUACAGACCAAAAAGCUCUCGCUCGUGUCCACUUGACACAACCUUUAUUUACAAGCCUAAAAAGGCCACCAACCCAACUAACAUGGGACUAUUUAGCCUUCGGCCGCCCCUCUAUCUGCUGUACAAGGCAUGAACAUGCCAAAAGACAACGGACAGACAUAAGCAUUACAUCCAACAUCUUGUUUAGAAGUUUGUCCGUUACAUUCUCCCCCACUUAUCCCUUCGACGUCCUCGUCGAAGCCUUUGUGAACACUGCAACUCUUCGCCUUUGCUGAGUCUUCAAUCUUCCGCUCCAGCUGCAAUGCGCCUCCUAGCUCCCAGCUGCUCUCCGCUGCUGUAUCUGAGUAGUCGAACCUUUGAUCCGCCAUGCUGCUUCAACUCACCAAUGACUCUGACUCUGGUGUGGGGGGUUGGCUGAGUUGUGUUGAUCCUUGUUGAUUCCUACGGAUCCACCAAAUGAAGGAAAAGACCAUCCUUACUGCUCCAGUCUCUCAAAAUUUCCACAUGCUGCUUGAACUGGGUGGAUGCUUGUUGGAGCUUUAACGAGCAUCGUCUCGCAAACUUCUGAAGUUUUGGGUCCUUCCUCCACAAAAUCUGCUCAUUGACUCUUCUUUCAGUUAGUUGU